AUGGGCUGUUGCAGUGGCCGAUGUACGCUGGCCUUUAUAUGUGGCAUACAACUGAUCAGUAUCUUGGAACGGCAGAUAUUUGACUUUCUUGGUUACCAGUGGGCUCCAAUCCUCACCAACUUCAUGCACAUCAUCACUGUUAUCCUGGGCCUGUUUGGAACAGUGCAGUUCAGACCACGAUACGUGACUGGGUAUGCAGCAUGGAUGGUGCUUUGGGUAAGCUGGAAUGUCUUCAUCAUCUGCUUCUACCUGGAAGUGGGCGACCUUUCAAAGGACACUGACCUCAUCAUGACCUUUAACAUCUCCAUGCACCGCUCCUGGUGGAUGGAGAACGGCCCAGGCUGCAGGGUGACCCCGGUCAGCCCCCCUCCCCCCUGGGCGCCAGAGGACCAUCGCUACAUCAGCAUCGCCGGCUGCCUGCUGGAGUACCAGUAUGUGGAGGUGGCCCAUAGCUCCCUGCAGAUCAUCCUGGCCCUUGCUGGGUUUAUCUAUGCCUGUUACGUGGUGAAGCUCAUCUCAGAAGAGGAAGAUAGCUUUGACUUUAUAGGAGGCUUUGACUCAUAUGGUUAUCAAGGACCACAGAAGACAUCACAUUUGCAACUACAACCUAUGUACAUGUAA